CAAAUUUAAGCACAGUGCCUACACCAUUUUGCUAGGAAUGAAUUAGAUGUAGUAAACUCAGAGAAAUAAUUUUUUUUUUUUUGCCAUAAACUUGUGUGAAACUUGACAGCCCUUAAUCUAACAAAGUGAUAAACCUUGUGUGUUCUGCCUCUAGGAUCACUUUACAAGGAACAAAAUUGCUGAUAACUUCCUGAUGCAUAAUCAGUUACAAGAAAAACACUUACAGAGAUAACAACAAUAAUUUAUCAUUCUUCAGGUUGUUCAGCAAUCUUCCUAAGUUUGUUCGUGGCUGUGAUCAUGUCGUGAAGUUCUUUCAAAGUGAGAAAAGAACCAGAAAGAAGUCAGACAGUAAGAAGGCUAAAGGCUCAACAAAAAAGGAAGAACAAUCUGACAAAGUCAAGCAAAAGGAAUUUGAAACACCUCAUAAGAUAGCUGAAGCUGUGCGCGAACAAUCGCUUGGAGGAAAAGAUAACAUGAAAAGUGUGGAUGUCACAAAUGCUAAAAAGCAAUCUCAAAAUAAUGUGUCUGAUGAGGAGGAAACAGUGACUGCUCUUGAUGAAAAUGGCAACGAGGUCAAGGUGUUGUUGCCUGAAAAUUCAAAGGUAAAGGAAGAAAGCAAAGAAUCCCUCUUAAAUGAAAAACAAGGCAAAAAUGGAUUUAUUAAGAUUUUACCAUCAAAAACUUUAUUACCAUCAUUGUCAUCGGCAUCAUCAUCGUCAUCAUCAACUUCAUCAUCAUCAGGUGCUCUGCUGACUACAUCCCAAAGCUCUCUUACAUAUAAACCUUUAUUCCCCACAGCAAUGCCAAGUAACAUGUUACACAUGCUUACUUCCAAUGGCUUGCAUUCUUCUCUUCCAUCAUCUCUGACAUCACUGCAGCUAACCAUGCCUUCAUCACCUGUCACAUCAUACCCAUCACCUUCUCCAUCUUCAAAUGGAUCACCUGUUACGUCUCCUGUAAGUUCUCCAUCAUUUUCACGGCAGCGAUCUUGUUCUGGAAAUAUUAACUGGACAUUUAGACCCCAUAGUCAUACCAUGACUGUUUCUGAAUGGCUUAGAAAUCUAAGACUGCAUAAAUAUUCUGAAGUGUUCAAAGGAAAGACUUUUGAUGAGAUGCUGAAGCUUUCAGAUAAAGACUUUGAAAAACUUGGUUUGACAGCAGGAGCUAGAAAGAAAAUUCAAGUUAACCUGGAAGUUCUACGGACAAGUGGCUGUUUCACCUCCAAUGGUUUAACAAUAGUGGACAUUCUUCCGUCUCCACCAUCAGACCUAACUCCUUUGCAGACCUCGACUCACUCCAAAGGCAUUUUAAUACCGUCUAGUUUUCCUGUUCAUCCACCAGCACUAAGUUACAACUCCGACAGUGAGUUUCUGCGUAGUGUCAGUGAAAGUGACAGUGCGAGUGACUGUGGCAGUGACGUGGUGUCUGAGCCAGGCACUCAGACAGGUUGCUCCAAUAUUUAUCCAAGAAAAUUUGCAGUUUUGAAUGGUUGCCGUCUGUCUUGUUACAACUGUGGCAGUCUUGGACAUGUUGGUCAGCAAUGUAUGGCUCCAAAUCUGGACAAAAAGCUGCCAAGUUAUGGUAUGUCUUCUACUUAAUUUAUCAUCUUGUCUUAUAAUAAGCAGUGUCAUAUAUUUUUUAUUAUAUAGACACAAUUGUUUUACUGGAAAAUACACCACUUGAAAAAUUCAUUUAAGAAUUUACAUCUGACACCCUAGUGGCAUAUUUUCCUUAUCCUCACUAGCAAGGACAUUGAUGAUGUCAUUUCACGCCAUUGCAUUGCGCCGCUGUAAAUCUUUGCCAACUGGCGACUGAAAGAUGGCGAGUGAUUGGGAA